CCUCGUGUUAGGCCCCGCCCCACCAGGAAGUACAAAUAUAAACUCAGCAGUGCUUUCACUUUAACUAUUGUGUACGGAGGAUAAGACAAGCAAGACUGAGGGUAUUGGCUUUACCUUUUAAAGGUAGGAAUACUUGUACUUAUUAGCUUCCGUGUUCUUGUGCUAAGGCUGGUGGGGUAAUUCAUAACAAAUGAAACAAGUGUUUACAAAGUCAGCAGCUGAGUGCUGGAGUAACUCUGCACUAACUCUUUCCUGUCUGCAUUUUUCAUACUGGCACUCUUUGAAGAAGACGGAUCAAGAAUGGAAGAUAGAGAGAAAACAAAGCUUGAGGAGUUGCUGAUGUGCCCAGUGUGCCAGGACAUCUAUAAGAAUCCUCGGCAGCUGCCCUGUGGACACAGCAUGUGUAUGGGCUGUCUGGAAAGCUUGAUGGAUCACUCUUCAGACGUUCCCUUCCGUUGCCCAGACUGUAGAGCAUACUUUGGACCAGUCAUCGGGGUGCAGAAGAGCUAUGCGUUGGCCAACAUCGUUGAGGACUUCAGGGUGAACAGGAGGAGAAGGGAAGAGCAGACAAAAAGUGUGUACUGCGACUGCUGCCUGGAGAACAAAACUCUUGCCAUGAAAACAUGUCUAAAGUGUGAGGUGUCCCUGUGCAAAGAGCACGUCAAGGACCACCUGGAGCUGCCGGUGUACACGGGACACCCCUUGGUCAGGCCUCUGGAUGACCUCCUGGAGAGGAAAUGCCCACAGCACGAGGACGAGGUGCUGAGAUACUACUGCAACGCGUCCAGGCGCUACAUCUGCAAUGUGUGUGCCCGGGAGAGCAAGCAGCACAACCUGGCCACUGAGGCCUCCUCUGUCCUGCGGAGACAGCUGACUGAGUACAUGGACCAACGCUUCAACAUGCUCAAGGAGCAAACCAGUGAGUCUGUAAAAAAACUGCAAGAAGAUAUUCAACGUAAAAAAGACUCAUCCGACUCAUCCCUCAACAGUGUCACAGUGGUGCUGCUCUGUUUGUGGUUCAUUGUUCUGUAUUACGCCUACAACUAUUCUGUGGAAAACCAGAUGCUAACAGAAGCGCUGGACAAGCAGCAGACCCGUGUGCAUCACAUUUAUUCCACCAUCGCAGAACUCUUGGUUGAUCAUCCAAUGAAUAGCCACAGACCUCCAGAGACAGAAGAUCAAGGUUUACUCAUGUUGGAUCUGAACACAGCCAGUCCUUUCCUUGGAGUCUCCGCUGACCUCCAAACAGCCGAGAGAAUGAAAACCAAGCUGGACUAUCCCAACAGUAAUAGUCGCUUCAAAGAAGCCCCGCAGGUCCUCUCUGCCCGGUGCUUCUCCACUGGUACCCACGUCUGGGAGGUUGAGGCUGAGGGAUACUGGGACAUCGCCGUGUCAUUUAAGAGCAUCCAACGCAAGAGCAAGGACAGCAGCACCUUCGGAAACAACGCAGAGUCCUGGAGCCUUACGCACAAGGGCAAAGGCGCCUUGUUUGCCAACCAUAAUAAAAGAAAAACAGCGCUCUCUGGAACCUUGCAGAGCAGCCGAAUAGCAGUGAUGGUUAACUUUGAGAAAGGCAACAUCACAUUCAGUGCUGUGGAGUCCACGAUCACGCCGCUGCACGAGUUCAAGGCGAAACUGACUCAGCCAGUGUGCCUGGGUUUGGGGCUUUAUCGGGUGGAUCCACCCAGCAGAGCCUCUAUUGUCAAAGCUUUUUGAAUAAUCCUGCAAACUACCAUAUUUAGUUAACACUGGAUCCAUAGUGCCUUAAAUCCAGCUGUAGUCAAGGGGAACUAAGCUGGACUUGCACUAAAAGUUUAAAGAUUUGACUACGUCCAAGCCGAAUAAAAUGGAACAUUUAUAUUUCCUGAGAAGUAUAUUUUUAUAUUGUAAGAUGUUUUUUA